AUGAAAAAUAUUCUGUUUGACUAUGGACACAAUGUGCUUUUUCAUAUUUCUCCUUUGAAUGCUUGUACAUACCUGUUCUUGAAAUGUAAGAUCAUUUAUCUAAAGAACUCUUUUCCCUUUUUUUUUCUGUUGCUUCCAAUUAUAGAUGACGACUAUUCAGAUGAUGAUGAUAAUAGCACUCAAAAUGUACGUACAGUGAACUCAGGUGCUUAUGAAAAUCGCCAAGGAGGGGAAACUGGAAGAUUAGGUUUUAACACCAACACUGGAGCUUACAAUGCAGGUGCGUACAAUGCAGGUAUCUACAAUGCAGGUGAUUACAACGCUGGCCAUUACAACACUGGCCAUUACAACACUGGCCAUUACAACACGGGACACUACAACACGGGACACUACAACACCGGGCACUACAACACUGGGCACUACAACAUGGAUCCACAAAUGAAUACCAUUUAUGGAAUCAAUUAUGGAACAUCCCCAGGAUAUAGCUAUCUAGAGAACUUCAAUUCAAGCCUAGGAGCAUUAAGGGGGUUGCAACCGGAGUUUUCAUCAUAUGAAAUGAGAGAUGACGUCAGCUUAAUCUAUUUUAUGCAAGCAGUAGCAUUCGCUACGGUGGCUUUUCUCAGUGUGGUAUUACGCAAGAAACAUAUGCUGAGACCGGGUAUAUCAAAAAGAGAAUUUGAAUCAACUUUACCAAACUUAGGAAGGAAAGAAGAAAAGUCUACAAAUAUAGAUUAUCAAAAAUUUGAAGAUGUUGUUACUCGUCCAAGUUCUCCAUUUUUUGAAGAAGAGCUUAAUAAUUACAAUGAAACGGAUCCUUUAUUACCAAAUGCUGAUAAUUAUGAUGAACGCCAUUCACCAUUACCAGAAAAUGUAAGAAACAGUGACUAUGAUGAUGAAGAAGAGGUAGACGAAGAUGAUAGAGAAAUUUCUUCUGAUGAAGGUGAAUAUUAUUUACAUGAAAGAGAAAUUCAUAAUCUAAUGAACACACCAUAUAGUUCCCCAGAAACACAUAUGGCUAACCCAUUUGAUGAUUUAAGUAAUCAAGUAUCAUCGAACAAUACACAAGGAAGAACUUAUCAAGAACCCAAUUAUGGAGAGGUAUAUGAAGGCGCUCAAUUUGUUGACAGGUAUCAUAUGUCAAAUAGUGAUGCAUCCUUAUUUUACAAUGAUACUAAUAAUUCUUCUAGAAAUAAUAAUCAGCAGAAUUUUCAUUAUGGGUAUGAACAUGCACCAUACGCUGAUAUAUUUAGAUAUCCAAACUAUGCUAACAUGUAUCGUAUGACAAAUUAUGAAAGUAAUAAUGGAAGCAAUAAUGGAAAUAAUAAUGCUGGUGGUAACCAUGGUAGUAGGAAUAGUAACAGCUCAGGUAAAAACAUGAGCCACAGCAAUAUUGGAUAUAACAAUUUAAACAUUAACAAUGAAAACAACAGUGCUGUUAGUGGAGGAAGAAGAGGUGGUAUGGAUGCACAGAACCCAGCUUUCGGAUUUGAUGAUGCUCGUUUUGCUGAUAGCUAUGGAGACAACUAUGAAGACGAAAUAUUUACGAAUUCUAACUAUGGUAAUCCAUUCGAAAAUGAUGAUGACGAGGACACAUCUGCAAAUGGACAAUCGGCUAAUGGUGCAUCAAACUUGUUACAUGAUCAAAAUGUUAAUUCUUAUGGAUAUACAAACUAUGGUUUUCAAUUUGAUCAAGUGGAUCAUAAUAACAAUGUCUUUUACAACAACCCAUUUGUCGAUGGAAACAACCCAUUCGAAAUGGAAUCUGAAGAAAUCAGUAAUAGUAGUACUACUCCACAUGUUGACAUAUCAUCACACGUCGAGGAAAAUUAUGAAGAAAAACAAAACAUUGAAGAGAAUGAAAAGGGUGGAAACAGUGAACAGACUGAAAAGUUCGAAACGAUCGAAAAGAGCGAAAAAAGCGAAAAAGUUGCAAAAAAAUUGGCUGACGAUUCUGGUGAUGAAGAAGAUGAUCCCAUUAGUGAUUAUGAUAAGUUUAUGCAUUUGGAAUCUGAAAGACAGAAAGAAAGAGAACAUGUAAAUGCAUUGAAGGUAAAUUUAGAGAAAUACAAGAAUGUAGGAGCAUCUAAAGUUCCUUUGGAAAAGUUGGAAGAAGAAUCCGAUCAAGAGUACUCCUCCACUGUAGAAAAAAACAUCGUAAAUAACAAAGACGACCUUGAAGAAGAAAACGAACAAGGAGAAGUAGAAGAAGAUGAAGAGGAGGAGGCAGCACCACAUGAGAACGGAAGUAGUAAUGCAUCUGAGUAUGUUCACCAUGAGGAAGGAAAAGGAUUAGAAUUGGAAGAAAAACAAGAUAAUUUUGAGGAUAUUAGCGAAUCUGACAUAGUAGUAGAUCACAAUGUCCAAGAGGAAGACAAUUUUGAGGCACCAUUAUAUGAUACACAAGAACAAGAGGUGGAGAUAUCGAAUGGGGAAGAAGCUGAAGAGGAAAUUGAAGAAUCAGAUGAGGUAGUGGAAGAAUCGGAUGAGGCAAUGGAUGAUUCAAUCGAAGAUGACACAUAUGAAGACAUCAUUGAUGAGGCAAGAAACGAAGAAUAA